AUGAGUACUUCUGCUAAAAAACCGAGAUCAGGCAGACCUGAAGACGAAGACACAAAGAUAAGGCAGCGUCUUCGAGACAUCCUGGAUGGAAAACUCGUAACUUUGCUCAUGACAAGUGCUACCCUUUGAGCCCUGUUUGGAGAUGAUAUACGGCUUCUAACCACAGACAAAGACGCAGAUACCGCUUUCUACGUCUCUUACGUCAUCAUGCUUGGCUUGUUCAUACUCGAUAUCUUCCUAAACAGCAUAGCCGUCGACGACUAUAAGUAUUCAUUUUUCUUCUGAUUGGACAUAAUUGCUGCUAUUUCGCUUAUCCCAGACAUCCCUUUCUUUUUUAACUACAUCACGGUUCUAUUUGGAGGGCUGCCUUAUUCAGCUGAUGUCACUGUGAACACUUCGACUGGGGAAAGUCAGUCAGGGCAAAAUAUUGCGAAAAAGGUGUUGAAGUCGUUUAGGCUUAUUAGGUUGGUCAGAAUAGUGAAACUUUAUAAAUAUGUGACCAAAAGAGAUACAGAAGAACAAGAAAUGAGGCUGAAACAAGCUCAGAAGUUAGCAAAAACUGCAAAACAAGCCGCGAUGAAUAGAGAAAUGGACCCUACAAGACUAGGGAAGAUUCUUUCGGACACAACGACGAGAAGAGUGAUCAUUGUGGUGCUGCUGAUGGUCAUUUUUAUCCCUAUUAUGCAAGUUUUAGAAACUGAUAACGCUCCAAAAUAUGGCCUCCAGCAGCUCUUUUGAAUGGGCUGGAGUUCCUGCACUAAUACUGACCAAUUUCUCUGUGACGAUCCUAAUAAUAUUAAUUGGGAGACAAGUUUUGGCUGAUAUGAGCUUGUAUAUCGCUAUACAUUAUGCACAAUAGAAACUGAUGGGAAAAGCGCCCAAUACCCUCUCUUAUGGAUGUAUUUGCCAGAUUAUUUUCAAAAUGGAGAAAUCCAUGAAAUCAGGUCUAUUAAAAAAAGCGAUCUUUCGGGCAUUGCAUGAACACAGGAUGAAAACUGCUCAGGAAAGACUGUCGGCUCUGAAUGAAUAAUAAAAUGAUAUCGUCGGAAUUAGUUCUCUCCCAGAAUAAUUAUGAGGCUCAGCUUUCUUAGUAAUUCUUAUGGGUUUUCCCCAUGAAAAGCCCAAUUUGGCCAUGAAUUGACCAAGGGGUUGCUUUUUUGGUCCGACCAAAUUAAAAUUUUUAAUCAAUUUUGUUCUGACCAAGAUUACUUGGUCAGACCAAAAAAGCAACCCAAAUGAGGCUUUUCAUGGGAAACCCAUAUCUAGCUAUGCCAGAAGACCAACUGCAUAGGCUAGGAGGCUUUGACCCUUUCAUUUUUAGGUACUUGGCACUCCUAAGGAAAGAGAUCCUUAGCCAGCAUACUCUCAGGAGUUAGUGAAAAGCAAGGGAACGCAGUCAUUAAGCCUUUGGACAGAGAGAUUGUAUGCGAUAAGAGUACUUCCAAUAAAAAGGGAUAGGGAAGAAUGCUCACAGCGAACCAAUUUGGAAUUAAAGUGGUUUUGAUAUUAAGCCCCACGAAAAAAUUAAAACCUCAAUAAUUAAAGUAAUUCAGCUCUGAAUGCAACCUAAGAGAUGUCGAAAUGCUGCUGGCUGUAUAUACUCCUGAUGAAUGCAAAGACAAAACAGUUUCAGGGUGUGAGAACCUGCAAGCUUAUGCUAGAUUUGAUAUAAAAACCCUUACAAUUUACACUUAGAUUUAGUUAGAUUAUAGAAAAGCUCCCUGCCUGAAUCCGAAGAUCCUUAUUCCCUUCAAUAAGGGUUCCACUAGUUUGCAUCUCUCUCAACCUUCAAAGUCUUGCUCCGACCAGACAUAGGCCUGAACAUGCUCCCUGGCAGUCAGAAAGUUUGGGUCACCGUGCCAUACACCAACGGUUUGGCUUUUAGAAAAUUCGAAAAACAAAUUUUUCUGGUCACCUCUCAGCCAAAAUGAAAAUUCGUAGUCAAGGACGCACUGCGUGGUAUCACUCUGGGGAAGGUUCCCGAUUGACCAAGACUAGCCCAUUAAUAUUUUUGGGGCUACCCUUUCCAACUCCGAACUCAUGACCUGGAUGUGAAUUUGCGGUCCGCAUGCUCAGACUUUACGCUCCACCAAACCAAGUAAAGCCCAGCCGGAUGCGCAUAUCGAACUCCAAAACUCCCUUCCACAAGGUCACUGGGUCUCCCAGCUACAGUUGCUAAGAGAUUGGGUUGAUUCUUCACGCCAGUUUAUAUAUGAUAUAAAAACCCAAAGCGAAAACGACGCUUUGAUGAACAUUUUUACGACCCUUUUUGUAGGGCUGAUUUUGACUGUAGCUGCGGUCAUGUUUACUGCAGAUACACAAAAAAUCCUGAUUGGGCCUAUUACGAGAAUGGUUUUAAUUAUCAAAACUUUGGCUGACGAUCCUUUGAAAAGGAUCGAAAAAGAAGAAAAAACUGAAGAUUCUGAUAUAAGGAAAGAAGAGUCAACAUAUAUGCUAGAAGAAACCGUUGCAAAAAUAAGUGCACUAUUGCAGCUGUCUUUUGGGGAAGAUGGUGCUGAUAUUUUAAGCAAAAAUAUUACCAGUGGGGAAGGGGAGCUUAAUUUGAUGAGGCCUGGAAAUAAAGUAUCACUGGUAAUUCAGGUAAUAAAAGUAGAAAAUUUUACGUUGGUUUCUGAAUGUUUGCAGGAGGAGUCCCAUAUUUUGGGCAAUCCUCAAUAAACACAGCGAAUUUUCAGGUAAUUUUUUUUCCUAUUAAUAUACUGGAAAAAAAAUUUUUGUCGUUUAAUAGACCAUUAUAUAAUACCUAUACCAUAUUUUUAUAAAUAAACUUAGCAAUGUUAUACAUACAUGCUGCAAAGAAUGGGGCGGAUUAGUAUCUAAAAACAUUCAAGGGUCAUUUUUGCUGGUCUGGAAGCUUCCAGAAGUUAGUGAAAAGGACACUGAUGAAGACGAUUUAUCCAAUCCUGCUAUGCAGCGCACUGAUCUCGCUAAUCGUGCUUUAGUUUCUACUAUAAAGACUAUAGCUGAAAUCAGGAGAUCUGCAGAAAUCCAGGCAUAUAAAGUUCACCCCAGAAUUAUUUCUCGAUUUGGGCCUACUUUUUCCCCAGACUUAACCAUUGGAAUCCACAUAGGCUGGGCUAUAGAAGGGGUGAUUGGCUCUGACUUCAAAAUUGACCCAGCUUAUUUAUCCCCUCACAUCUCAGUUGGGUACAACUUAGUAGAAGCUAGAAAAGAAUAUGGCUGCUCUGUUCUUAUGAGUGAAGACUUCUAUGGCUACUUGUCAGUCAAAGCCAAAAACUGCUGCAGAAGGAUUGACACUGUUUAUGUAAAUUAUUUACCAAAUACAUUUGGGUUGUAUACUUUUGAUAUCACGGAAAAAGAGCUCCCAGCCCCAGAUACUCAUUAUAUUGGGAAAUUAACCUAUAUUAGAUUAAAUUGCAUUAUAAUUGGUAAUUUUGCAAAGAAAAAGCCUUUAUUUGGCUAAGAUAAGGCCUAAUUAUAUUAAGAAUAAUUAAGUUAGCCAAGCUUGAUGCAGUCAAUGUUGAGAAUUUCCAGCAUAAAGGUGUGGAUUAUAUGUUUACUUUGGAUUCUGAUAUCACAGGACUGCAACAAGAUAUUCCACAGCAUUUCUUUGACUCGUUUAGGCAUGCUUAUGUAGACUAUAUUUCCGGGCAAUGGGAAGAAGCUAAAGAAUUUUUAGAAAAAGCGCUUACCGAUAUACACGAAGAUGGGCCAUCUCUUUCUAUAAAGAGAUACAUCGAAGAAAAAGGGAAGCCAGCUGAAGAUUGGCCCAAGUCAAGAGAACUAUAUUAA